AUGGAUGCAGUUACUAGCACAAAAACUUCAUCUCAAGAAGUGCCAAAUGCUGAAUGUCCUUUUUGUCAAUAUGUGACUAAAGUAGAAAAACCACCUGGUGCUAUCAGACAGGAAGGAAGUGAUAGUACAAAUCCGGUUGAUGGUAAGAGGAGGAAGGUGACUGGGAUUUCUCCUAUUGAGAAAGCAUUCCAGAAUACUGCUAGACAUGAAUUGGAUAGUAGAAUUGCUAGGAUGUUUUACACUGGUGGGCUUCCAUUUAACUUUGCAAGGAACCCAUAUUAUCGUAAUUCCUAUGCAUAUGAUGCUACCCAUAGCAUCCCAGGUUAUGUUCCUCUUGGAUACAAUGCCUUGAGAACAACACUUUUACAAGAAGAAAAAGCUCAUAUUGAAAGACUCUUAAAACCAAUUAAGGACUCUUGGCUUGAAAAUGGUGUAAGCAUAGUUUUUGAUAGAUGGUCAGAUCCACAAAGGAGGCCUCUUAUUAAUAUUAUGGUUGUAUCAGAUGGGGGUCCAGUGUUUAUAAAGGCAAUUAAUGGGUCAGGUGAGUUCAAAGACAAACAUUAUAUUGCUAGGGUGCUGAAGGAUGCUAUAAAAGGGAUUGGACAUGAAAAAGUUGUCCAAGUCAUCACUGAUAAUGCUAAUGUGAUGAAGUCUGUUGGAGCUCUUAUUGAAGCAAAAAACACUGAAAAGAAUGAAGUUAUAUAUGAGGAAUGUAGUUGGAUUACACGUAUUGCUGAUGAUGCAUCCUUCAUACGUGUUUUUAUUAUGAACCAUUCAAUGAGGCUGGCAAUGUUUAAUGAAUUUAGUCCAUUAAAACUACUCCAAGUUGCUGAUACUAGAUUUGUUUCGGUUGUUGUAAUGCUGAAAAGGUUGAAGUUGAUAAAAAGAUGCCUUCAAGCCAUGGCUAUUAGUGAGCAAUGGGCUUCUUAUAAGGAGGAUGAUGUUGGAAAAGCUCUAAAGGUGAAAGAUAUGAUUCUAAGUGAUCUUUGGUGGGAUAAAGUUGAUUAUAUCCUAGAAUUCACAGCACCUAUUUAUGAUAUGCUACAAGUAGCCGACACAGAUAAGCCUUAUCUUCAUCUUAUGUAUGAGAUGUGGGAUUCAAUGAUAAAGAAGGUGAAGGCAGCAAUAUAUCAGCACGAAGGCUUGAAAGAUGAUGAGUAUAGCUCAUUUUGGAGUGUGGUGUAUGAUAUACUCAUUGAUCGAUGGACUAAAAAUUGUACACCACUACAUUGCUUGGCCUAUUCCUUAAAUCCUAAGUAUUACUCCAUUGAAUGGCUUUCGAAGAAUCCAAAACGCAUCUCUCCACAUCGGGAUCAUGAAAUUUCUAUAGAAAGGAGCAAAUGUUUGGAUCGAUACUUUGAAGAUAAGAGUGAAUUAAAGGUGGUGAAGUUUGAGUUUGCUGCAUUUUUAGAGGGAGGUUUCCUUCACCAGCUGCCUUGA